AUGUUACUUUGUAUGCAGAUGAUUAUCACGGCGUAUUGGACUGGUUUGGCAGUGACAGAGAUUCCGAGGCAGUAAGGGAGUUCGUUUGCGGUAAUGCAAUAUCCAUAAUUUAUCGAACAAACCGAGCACAAUAUCGAGUAACAGAAAUAAAAAUGCGACGAUAAAGCCGCGUAACGCAAUGGAAACGAGAUAAGGAUUGGUCAUUUACGUGUUUCUUUUUUCCCCCUGGUGUUUGUAGAUGCCACCGACAUUCCCGUCGGUUGUAAGUACGUGAAGUGUCGUGCAACAUGUCAAGGGUACACGGAAAUUCCGCGAAACCUAUCUUCUCAAACCACUUCCAUGUACGGUUUGUUUUAAGUAUUAAGGCACUUGCGAUCUUUCCUCGAGAGCACGUGUAUUUUCUUUUAUUUUCGUCAUGUGUCGGCGUUAGAUCGUUCUUAAUCGUUGCGAUUAAUUUUUUUUUUUCUUUUUUUAGAACAUUGUACGACAGUUCGAUCAAACGCGUGCCAACGGGCGCCUUCGCGAGAUACUCGGAAAUCCGUAUACUGUAAGUUUUGUCGAAGAGCAUCCACUUGCUUUCUCUGCUUCGUUUUGACAAACUUGUUGUGGUAUAUUUCUGGUAAAGAAAAAAAAUAAAUAAAAAAAUAUAAUUCAGGUAUCUCGAUGACAGCGAUAUACACGAGCUAGGAAAAGGAGCAUUUCUCAAUUUGACCAAACUGUUCUGGCUGUGAGUAUAAAUUCCACCGAUCGAGCUUCUUCGGUAAUUUUGAAAUAAAUCGAAUAAUUGUUCGAUAUAUUCUCUGUGAACAGAGCUUUGGAUAAUAAUCAAAUUAGCGAACUUCGCCCGGGACAUUUUGCUGGUCUGACCAACUUGGAAUCUUUGAGGGCCAAUAAAAAUAGAAUCACUAUGGCAGAUUUUUCAGACUUAGAGGGGAGCAAUGCUUUCAACUUCAUGUGAGUCGUUUGCACAAAUAUCGUGCGAUCAUAUCUUGACGUUAAUUUUAUUACGUUACUAUAGAAAUUUGAAUGAAAAUCAAUUGACUUCGAAAGGAUUGAUAUUGCCGGAAUUACCAGCACUAAAUGAGAUGUAAGUUUGUAAUUUUAAACAACACUUUGUUUUUCUCUUUGUAAAUUUUACAACAUUUUACACGAUUCCAGAUUGUUGGAUGAAAAUAAUUUUCAAACAAUACCAGACACAUUGUUCGCUGGCUGCCCAUCGUUAAAAUUACUGUACGUAAGUAAAUAAAAAAAAAAAAAAAAAAAAAUGUAGAAAAUUGA